CACUACUCCGCUGCUCUCCACCGGCUGGGCUGUCCGGUGCGCCUCUGCGAUCGGUUCGGGACGGUACCAGGCUCUGCCUUUUCUCUUUUUUCUGUUCCUUUCUUUUUUUUUUAUGAAUGAAUAACGACUGAGAUGGGAAAAUUGCGAGUGAAUGCGAAACUCCCCUGCAGCCGGGCUCCCGGGGGGGCAGCCGCCGAUGAGAGGGAUUAACGACGGAGCGGAGCCGCGGCUCAUUGCGGAAAAGAGCCUCACUGCAGACUGGCGUGGAAGCGCACCGUGUGGGGAACGGGCUCCGUAGCGUGGACGAAAUCGCGGUGACAACAAUGUCCAUCCACAUUGUGGCUCUGGGCAGCGAGUGCCCCGGAGGAGUGGGGCCCGGGGAGGAGAUCAUGGGCCAGGGGCAGCUGCAGGGGGGCUUGCUGUGGAGCUACCUGGGCCACGGAGCUCUGGUGGGACCCUGUGACCUGGAGAGCAGCCUGCACAACCCGGCCUUCAUGGAGUACACCUCACGUGUGUUUGGAGAUGUCACCGUGGUGGUCCGGGAUUGUCCCAGCUGGGACUUGCUGGACAGCGACUGGGCCAGCGUGCGGAAAGUUCUCGAGCAGGCAGACAUCCUGGUCAUUAAAUAUUCAGUCACAGAUAAGCUGGCCUUCCAGCAGGUCAGGAACGGCUACGCCCCGAGACUCCGCCCGCUCCUGAGGCACUGGGGCGUGCCUGUCAUCCUGGUGGCUGUCGGAGCGCGGCUGAAUGAUGAAGGCCCUCCUUGUACUUGUCCGUUGUGUGCAUCAGACUGGAGCAGCUGUGUGCCUCACAGUGAAGGUCUGCAGCUGUCCCGGGACCUGGGGGCCACCUAUCUGGAGCUUCCCUCCCUCAACCACGUUUUCGUGGGUCGCUACUUUGGCAGCGUGCUGGAGUACUUCAUGAUUCAGUGUCUGAAACACAAAGCCAAAGAGAGGCCAGAGAAGAGGCGAGGAAAUAAAGUGAAUGAGCUUCGUCCACCUCACUUAGAACAACCAGCUCGUCUUCCCCCAAUCCGGGUGGAAGAGUCCAGCUUCUCCCAGGACAUGCAGUGGUUGUUGGAGCGUGGCGUGCAGUUCGCCGAUGUAGCUUUCUACGCCGGGGAUUCUGGGAAAGAACUAGGAUGGGCGCAUGCGGCUGUGCUCUGUGCUGUCAGCCCGUACUUCAGACAGCUACUACUGGGGCCCAAGACCAGGGAGCGCCCACAGUCGCGGUGUGUCUGCAGAGAGCGGGAUGCAGGACCCCAUUCGCUGCUUUCCACCUGGGACGGGGGCAUAAUAGAUGACAUGCCACGAUCAGAAGGACACCUCACAGGACGUCUCACUCGUCUGGUGGUGAAGGACCCACUCCUGUGCAUGUGCUUGUGGGAGACUCUCAUGUUCAUUUACAGAGGAGCGUGGGAGUGGGAUCACCUCCAGGAGGCCCUGGAAGAGAAGCUGAAGAAUUCGCUCGCGGUGGCACAGCUUAUGGAGCGCAUACGAUCCCUCAUCGGCAGAGACAAGGGACCCAGGGACACACCGAGCGCUCGGGCGGCUCAGCUCGGCCCCCAGACGCUCGUCAACCUCUUCAAUUCUCCUCUUUACUCUGAUGUCAUUUUCAUGGUGCAAGGGAGUGUGUUACCAGCUCACCGUGCAGUGCUGGUGGCCCGCUGUGACGUCAUGGCGGCCAUGUUCAGUGGGAAGUACGCAGAGGCUCGGAGUAGAGUGGUGCCCAUCCACGGAGUCUCCUCAGACACCUUCCUGUCUUUCUUGGAGUAUCUCUACACUGACUCCUGCUGUCCCGCCAGCGUGCUGCAGGCCAUGGCCGUGCUGGUUUGUGCCGAGAUGUACCAGGUGAAACGGCUCCAACACCUGUGCGAGGUCUGCGUGUGCGCAUACCUUCAGAGCAUGCCCAGUAGAGAGCUGGCGUCGACGGGCAUCAGCGUGAUCCGGCUACUCCGCCGAGCGAAGUGCCACAACGCAGAGCAGCUGUACGUCUGGCUCCUCCACUUCAUCGCCAACAACUACCUGAUCUUCAGUCACAAGCCCGACUUCCUGGAGCUCUCGGACGAGGAGCGCGAGCAGGUGGAGAGGUUGCGCUGGCCUUCCAGAGGAUACCUGCAGGAGCUCAGCGAGUACCAGCAGAGGCGACGCAAACUACGCAAGUCUCGCUGCAUAGUCAUGUGA